CAUCAUAUGAAAUAAAUGGAGAAAAGGAAUAAUGUGACAGAAUUUGUUCUACUGGGACUUACAGAGAACCCAAAGAUGCAGAAAAUCGUAUUUGCUGUGUUUUUGCUCAUCUACAUCAUCUCUGUGGUAGGAAAUGUGCUCAUUGUGGUCACCAUUACUACCAGUCCAUUGUUGGGGUCCCCUAUGUACUUUUUUUUGGCCUAUCUCUCCUUUAUUGAUGCCUGCUAUGCCUCUGUUAGUACCCCUAAAUUGAUAGUGGAUGUACUCCAUGAAAAGAAGAUCAUCCUGUUCAAUGGAUGCAUGACUCAAAUCUUUGGGGAACAUUUCUUUGGAGGCUCUGAGAUAAUUCUGCUUACAGUGAUGGCUUAUGACCGUUAUGUGGCCAUCUGCAAGCCCUUGCACUACACAACCAUCAUGAACCGACGUGCGUGUGGCCGUCUAAUGGGAGUAGCGUGGACAGGAGGCUUUCUCCAUGCAACCAUCCAGAUCCUCUUCAUCUUCCGACUACCCUUCUGUGGCCCUAAUGUCAUCGAUCACUUUAUGUGUGACCUGAACCCUUUGCUCAAUCUUGUCUGCACUGACACCCACACUCUGGGGCUCUUUGUUGCUGCCAACAGUGGGUUCAUCUGCCUGUUAAACUUCCUCCUCCUGCUGGUCUCCUACGUGGCUAUCCUGCGCUCCCUGAGGACCCACAGCCUGGAGAGUAGGCGCAAAGCCCUGUCCACCUGUGUCUCCCACAUCACGGUGGUUGUCCUGUUCUUUGUUCCCUGCAUAUUUGUGUACAUGAGACCUGCAGCCACAUUACCCAUUGAUAAAGCAGUUGCUGUAUUCUACACCAUGAUAACUCCCAUGUUAAAUCCCUUAAUCUAUACCUUGAGAAACUCCCAGAUGAAAAGUGCCAUUAGAAAACUGUGUAGUAGGAGAGUUUUUUCAAGUGACAAAUUAAAUGUGUCUGGAACCCAACAAUGA